AUGAAAAUUAUAGGUAUCAUACAAUUGCUCUCAAUUACAUUCGUCCAUUUUACACUAACACUGGCUAAUGUUUUCCUUGGUGAUAAUAUUUACUAUGCUGUGAACUGCGGUGGACUAGCACAUACAGAUCUUAAUGGUGUUCAUUAUCAAGCUGAUCCAUUACGCGUUGGCAUUGCAUCUGAUUUUGGCAGUAGGCUAACGAUAAUGAGGGUUGAUCCACGUGAUGCUAUUCUUUAUCAGACUGAGAGGUACCAUACAGAGGAUUUCACUUAUACUGUGCCAUUACCAAAGGAUGAUGGGGAAUACACAUUGGUUCUCAAAUUUUGUGAAGUUUAUUUUCAGUCUUCACAGCAAAAGGUAUUUGAUGUCAUAUUUAACGACGAAAUAGUGAUCGCAGAUUUAGAUAUAUUCAAAGAAGCAGGAGGUAUUGGAGUUGCUUAUGAUCGUCUGCUGACGUUUCGUGUUGAAAAUGGUUUUUUAUUAUAUGGAGAUCGACGUGAUUCGUCUGGAUAUAUAAAAAUCACAUUAUCUAAGGGUCCUUUGGAUAAUCCAAAAAUAAACGCAUUUUAUAUUUAUCGUGGUCCUAAAACGGAUAUCCCGUUUCUCCGAGACAUAUUAUUUGAUGAGGAAAUAGAGGAGGAGGAAGAAGAGGACAGAUUUGAUGAAGAAGCAAAUGUUAAGUUGCGUACUGAAAUCAAUCGCUUCGAAGAUGAGCCCGUAGUGGAGGAUCCUUAUGCUGAACAGGAUACAAGUCACAUGUUUAUACCGUUCCUCAUAGCCUUCGCUUGUUUUUUUCCAGUUUUAUUCUGUUUAUGUAAAUUAUAA